UCUCUUUAUAAGCUGCUUCUUCCUCGUGUGCCAGCAGGUGUCUCCAACUUAUAAUCCGAAUUACCGACCCAGUUUGUACUAUUUUAGUCUAGUUCCAAGAUGGAUUCUCUCGGAGAACCAGUCAUAGUGUCCGAAAAGGACGAUUUUUGUGAGGAAAUGAUGAAACGCCUCGAUCUCCAGCGAAGAAACGAACACUUUUGUGAUGUGAUUCUAGAAGUGGGUUCAGGUAAUUAUCAAGCACGUUUGAAGUGUCACAGAAUCGUGUUGUGUGCAGCAAGUCCGUUCUUUUAUAACGCUUUGAAUAAUGACAUGAAAGAGAAGAAAGAAGGUGUGAUCAAACUGAAACAGACAAGCAAAAGUAUGAAAGAAGUACUAGAGUAUGUUUACACAGGACAAGUCGAUGUCAAUGCAAACAACGCUUAUGAGCUCUUGGCAGCGGGAGACUAUUUUUUGAUUCCAAGCUUAAAAGACGUUUCGGCUACUUUUAUUUUGAAAAAGCUAAGUGCUUUGAACUGUGUCACUGCAUAUUACUCAGCCAUCAAGUAUCGGUGUGAAAAAUUAAAGAAAGGAACCAAGGAGUUUAUUCAUACCCACUUUGAAGCGGUUACAAAAUCCAAAGGAUUUUUGAAUUUGAGCGUUGAGCAAGUGGAAGAGUGGAUUUCCAGUGAUGAAAUAAUUGUAGAUGGCGAAGAGCGGGUCUUUGAAAUAAUUCUUAGAUGGUUCGAGGCUCGUAAGGGAAGGAAUCAGCGACAUUUUUACGACUUGUUACGUCACGUUCGAUGUGUUUAUGUGCCACAUGACUAUCUGUUCAAGGUCAUGCUACCUCAUCCUUUUGUGAACAAACAUUCUAAGUGCUCGACUUUAGUACUGGAAGCUAUGAAGAUGGCUUUUAAUGGAACAGGAGAGUGUUUCUUCUCCCAGUCACCGAGAAACUGCCUAAAAACUCAUGAAGAUGCCAUUUUUGCCGCAUUUGCACUAGAGAAUAAUAACAGGCAUGGCCAAGUAAACUUAUUAUGUUACAUUCCUUUGCUGGAUGAGUGGCGUCAACUUGAUCCUCCCGAGGAAAUUAAGCAAAAAAACUUUGAUGUUCUUACUAGUGCUUAUCAUGGAAAAUGGUAUCUUCUAGGAGAAGACAACAGAAAUCGUAGGGGAAGAAAUCAACUUGGUACAAGACCUUCCCCUAUAAAACUUGCACAGCGUUACAACCCAGUACUAAACCGAUGGGAUCCUGUUCAGAGCCCUUUAAAAGUGCUUCGUGGAUUUGCUGUUGUUACAUUCCAAGGUUUCUUGUUUGUAAUUGGAGGGGAAACUGAGAAUGGCCUCAGACUGAACACUGUACAAAGGUACAAUUCUGAAACAAACAUCUGGCAGGAGAUAUCACCUCUGAGCAGUCCCAGAUCAAACCUCUGUGCAUUGGCUGAUGAACAAUUCAUGUACGCUAUCGGUGGAAAUGAAUAUCUUAAAACUGUUGAAAGAUUUAAUCAGAGAACUAACACUUGGGAAAAGUGUCCUUCCAUUCUUACAGGCAGACAGAAUGCUGGUGGAGCAGCCAUUAAACAAAAACUGUUUGUAUUUGGAGGACUUCAACCAAGCUCAACUGCUGGACAUCCAUUUGAAAUGUACAAUUCAUCUUCCAACACAUGGACUGGCAUCUCAAGUGUGGUUGCACCAAGGGGCCGUGUGAGUGCCGUGAGUUUCAAAGGAAAGAUUUACGUGUUAGGAUGCUUUCAAAAUGAACAGGGAAGGGAAGAAAACAAACAGUGUCUGAAGAUCUAUGAUGUUGAUCAGCAUGACUGGAAGGACUGCAAAGACAUUCAUAUUUCUGGUGACUAUAGAUGCACACUUUCUUGCAUUAGGGUAUUAAGCAACGUUGCAUGUUCAUAUCGCACUAAUCAGACAUAUUUCAUAUGAAACUUGUUAAUUAUGUUGACAUAAAUGUUAAUGAGAGAAGCAAAUCAGGUAGGUUGAACACACAGGGAAGUAUUAUGGGUUGAAUAAACAGGGAAGUAUUAUGGGUUGAAUACACAGGGAAGUAUUAUGCCAAGUGAGUGUGAAUACCUGUUACCAUAAGGAGAAUAAUCUCUUCUUUCAAUACAUUUUUAACCUCCAGCUGUGUAUCCUUGUAUCAUCCACACUUUCAUGAAUGCAUUGGAAUGGAAAACUGCACUGAUUUGAGCUUCAAGCCGCUUUUAUUCUUGGACAAACGUCGUGACUAGUGUGGGGAUUCGGUAUGCAAAUUUUUUGAUGCGAUAGCACGACCUCAGGAGUCUGGACAAAGCAUGCAUCUUGUUAAAGAUGGCGGACCAUCUUUAUCUACAAGCUCCCCAUAAUAUUACUUUGAUUGAUAUUACCAGUAAUUGAGGGUGCUUAUAAAGGCGUAUGAAAACGACAGAAAGCAGAAAGGCCUUUCUGACGGAGACAUUACAAACAAGUGCGAAAGAGGAAGUGAAAAGUAACACCAAAAAAUGAAACAGUUGAAAAAUAAACAGUAAAACUAA